AACUUAAAGAGAUUGCACGAGCAGAUGAAAGAGAACAGUGGCCAUAUUGGGCAAAUGGUGAAAUAGGACCUUCUCCAAUUGAGAUGGUCGAUGUUAUUCCCUUUCUCUAUCCAGUUGAUGGCUAUGAUAUUGAGGUACCUGCGGUCAUGGCUACGUCAUAUGCCUUGAUGUGUUACGUGCAUAACAAUUACAUUGAUGAGGCUAGCAAGAUCAUGUAUUGGAUACAGCACAGAAGAAAGACGCUAGGUGGCUGGGCGUCUACCAUGGACACGAUCACAGCAAUUCAAGCUUUACACAACUAUGGAUUGACCAAUCCUAACCGUGACAUCUAUUAUAUGGAGGUGGAGGUCACAGCCACUUCAACACCCGGAUGGAAAGAAGUCGUUGUACUUGACAGGACAAACUUCAACGUGGCACAAGAAAUAGAGAUUCCUAAUGUAUACGGAAGCAUUAAGAUAACAGCAAGAGGUAACGGACUUGCGUUGAUUCAGGUUGAGACUGAGGUCAACGUAGAAUUCCAAGACUUAAUGGAACCAGGAGCUGAUCUCCCCGAAGAUCAAGACUUUGAUAGUCAUUUCGAUUUGGAAAUCUCGCUAGAUUGGGCAGGGAGGAACUUUAGUACCAUGUACAUCACAACCUGCACACGGUGGGUCAGAACUGAUUUGUCUCCUCAUAGUCAAUUGGCAUUCAUUGAUUUGGAGAUACCAUCAGGAUAUUAUAUUAUAAAGGAAGAAUUGAGGAAACAACAGAAAAAAUAUCCUUUUAUAAAGAGAAGCAAAUACAGUGCGGAAUCAAGGAUGUUAUCAAUCUAUUUUGAAAAGAUUGGAACGGAUUGGAUUUGUCCAAAGAUUCGUGCGGAUAGAUGGUAUCCUGUUGCCAAUAUUAGCAUUCAAAAUUUUGCCAUAGUUGGAGAGUACUAUGAGCCAGAAAUACAAAAUGCAACACUUUACACAGUUUACAACUUGAACUUCCUUCACGUAUGCCAGGUAUGUGGGUCAUUCGAGUGCCCCUACUGCCCACAUUACAACACGGGAACACCAACAAAUACAUGGAACGUACAUUCCUGUUUCCUGUAUAUAUUCGGAACGACCGUAGCAUUAUUUAUAAGAAUGAACAACAUGUUCUUGGAUUUUCGUUGAUAUCAAUAUGGAUAAAUGUAUUUUACACAUACUAUUAGAAAGGAAUCCUGUACUAGUGCGCAUGUCUCACUCCUGUCAGUAACACUUACAUGUAACAUUGAAACAAUAUGCAUAACUACUGUGAUAGACCUAGUGAACUAAUAUAAUAUAAGGAUGGUAGGAUUUCUUUAAAACUUCUUUUCUGGUUCACAUCAGAACAGAGCAUUAAAACUGAGGUUUAAACCAAGGAAUCCGACUAAACUAACUGUAUCAAUGCUUUGAAUGAAGGCGGUAAAUUCCUAAAUUCUUUUUUUUCACAUUGCAAAGGAUUUGUGUGGCAUCACUUGAAGGAAUGAUUUUUGCAAGGAAACUUUUUGCAUGGGUUUUGCAAGGUUUGACAUUUUGACCUGCAUAUGCACCUAC